UCGUUUCCUUUCUACGGAAGUAGUGUUUCAAUUUGGUCCGUAGUGAUAUAAUGUUUUAUAAAAUUGAAUAAUAAGUAUUUAUAGCUAUCAACUUAGGAUGACGUACUGUAAGAGGAGGUUACAGCCUACUGCUGUAGUAAUUGUAAUAACACGCUUACCCGCAUCCUUCCUCUUAUGAUGUGAUGCAAUCGGCGUGUGAUUGCAAAAACUUGUUUACAAACAUUUAGAGUCAGGCGGGAUCUUAUAAAAGCUGACAGAGAUUGGAGAUAAAACACACAUAGAAUGACAAUCGAGUGUUCCUGUGGAAACCGCCAUCCAAAACGUUUCCUUUACUACCAACCAUUUGGGAUAUUCUGUAGAUGUUGUAACACAGAAUGGCUAUCUGACAACACUGCCAAUCCAGACUCUGCCGAAGAUGGUCCGAGAGUACCACGUCUUAGGAUGUAUAGAUUCAGGGAUGUGUCUCGCCACGAGUUACAUGAAAACAAUGUCCUAUUGGUACAGAGCUCUCGUAGCCGGGUAACUGAUAUUAACCAACUCGUGGUCGGCGACCAUAUCGCAUUCCAUCGCCCUUAUGUCAUAUGGCAUCACUGUAUCGUGAUUGAGGUCAAUGCCGAGGACAGCACGUUGGAGGUGAUCAACUGGCAGAGCGAGAACGGCAGUGUUAGUGUCAUACAGCAGCAAAUAGAUGUAUCUAAGGAAUACGGCGACCUGUACAGGAUUCAGUACACUUCGGACAUACAACUCUCCAACCCUCCACAUCUCGUGAUAGCCAGAGCAAGAUCGAGGCUAAGUCAAACAGGUUUUCAUAUAUUCGAUGACAACUGUGAAUCUUUCGCCACUUUUUGCAAAACGGGUAUCAGCAAGAGCCAUCAGUACAUCUGGUUGGUCGCUAAGACUUGGGAAUGGCUGGUACACUUUACCGUCAUGACAGUCCGAACGGCAAUUACAGGCUUUUGCACACUGGCCAGAGUCGCUGCAGGCUGUGUGGGUCCAGUGGUUGUGAUAGUCCUUGAAGGUAUCAUUCUUGCUUGGGAUGUUAUAAAGGCAUACAGAGAACGAAGAAAUGGCAACUUGUCCCGGAACGAAUACGCGAAAAUCGCCAUCAGGCGCAUUGUUGACGGUGUGGUCACCGUGGCUUUUACGAUUGUAGGAGUCAUUAUCGGUGUAUCCUUUACGGUAACCGGACCCAUGAUACCCUGUUUACUUGCAGGCGCAUGUGGAGGAAUCGUUGGUAUGACUGUAGGAAAGGUUGGAGGCACAUUACUCGGAUGCUGGGUCGGAAGGGCAAUAGCCAACUGUCUCAAGACGGAUGACCGAGCAGUAGACAAAAUCACCGAACUGGUACCAGGCGAUCACGUGGUCAUGACGAGAUGGGCUUUACAUCCACGUUGUCAUGGUAUUCUGAUUGAGCACGACAGUCAUACGAAAAUCAGGGUAGUUCGAAACACAUACAAAUACGGGGUUGUAGACGAGUGGUUGCCGUUUGAAAAACCACUGUAUUUGGUGACACACAAGAAAAACGAAUGUUUUUCGAAUGAAGAGGUAUUGAGAAGGGCAAAGGGACAGAUAGGAGCAAGGCGAUACAACAUAGCAAGUCACAACUGUAAAACGUUUGCGAACUGGUGCAAAAGACAUACCUAAAACAAUAGAGGAUCAUGUUUGUGUCAACUGUAGGACCCUUAUCAGAACAAUGAAUGUUGUGUCUUUUGCUUGGUAGAAAUAACUAUUUAACCAGAAGUUUUGAUUGAUUCAUCAAACAAAAUGGUCAUCAGACAGCGAUCGUGGAUUUGACAGAUGUUUUUUUUGGUUAUAGCAGUUCUUCUGUCAUGGAACUUAUUCAUACCGAUUUUUGUUUAAAUGUAUACAAAUUGCCUUUCGUCCCUAGUUAUGCAUGGGAAUUUUAAGACUGAACAGGAAAACAAAAUGGCCGACAGAUAACAUUCUUGAAUUUAGACAAAACUUGUUAUCCUUAUUUCUCAGGAAUCAUUUCCUGGAUUUUUCCUCAUUUUAUGUAGAUUCCCCUGGACCCCUCGUCAUGCGUAUUUAAUUUUGAGACUGGUCGGAAAACAAAAUGGCAAACGGGACCAGCUUGAGUUUUAACAAGCGAAGUUUGUUAUCGUCAUUAUUGACAUAUAGGUAAACAGGCGCCAAGAUCCCUCUGGGAUCUCUCAGUGAAUGUUUAUUUUGUUUCCUUUUUCGCAUGCAAUUAGAGGUCCUCAAGUCAAACAGUCUUAUAUUCAUGGCCAACUUGUCUGUUGAUAGUUACGUUUUUUUAUGUUCAUGUACUCCCUCCUAACUAAUGAUAAACAGUAUGUUCAGUGCAUAAUUUAUUAGCAUUAAUAGAAGUCUAUUAUUUUUUAUCACACAUGUUUAUGUUUGAUAUCGUUAUUUUUGUAAUUUAAAUAUUAGAAGUUAUAAUGUUGGAAAUAAUGUGAAAUCUCUCGUUGUAUGUGAUAUUGUUAAAUGUAAUAAUAAAUCACUGUGAAACCAA